AAAAGAACGAAUCAAAAGGAAGAAGAGGAGCGGAGUCUAGACUCUGAAACGGGCUAGAGCCAAUCAAGGUCAGGGGGUUGAUCCCAGCACCUCCUUGUACCUGCUCCAGGAGAACUUCGAGUCCUUCCCCCAUUCCAGAGAGGGGUUCUGUUCACUCACUUCCUGAAUCUCUCAUUCUUCAGGUUCUUCAGGUAACCACGCCAAUCUUUAAUCGUCACUCUCUUGCCCCCUAUAUUUCGACUCGCGCGUCUCGUCAGGUUGAUCCUACGAUAUCUUGCGCCUUAAUUGAUCGUCAUUCUCUAAUUAUCCACCUGCGAUCGCUCCCUUGAUGACUUCGUUUUAACACGAUCUUUCGCGAUAUACUAUCUGGUUCUGGGACCAUGAGAUCUCUCCUUUGGGCCCUGUUGGGCCUCAGCGUUGUACCUCACGCGCUGGCUUCCGACACCCUCAGCACCAAGGACUUUGACCUGUGCAUGACUGACUCGAGCAUCGACAUCACCGACCUGGACAUCACCUACACUCGCUCAACGAGAGAACUUGUCUUCAACCUGGCUGGUACCAGUUCGAAGGAACAAAAAGUCAAAGCGACACUGACCGUGACGGCCUAUGGCAGUCAAAUCUACAGCGACUCUUUUGAACCUUGUGGCUCCAAAGUCCACGUGGCCGAGCUCUGCCCAGUGGCAUCUGGCGACUUCUCGGCUGAAGGUACUAUCACCGUCCCCGAAGACUACGCAAGCGAAAUCCCCUCCCUCGCGUUCAGCAUCCCCGAUCUUGACGGCCAGGCCAAACUCGUCUUGACAUCGCUCGACGGAGCCGAAAAUCUCGCGUGCGUGCAGUCUGAUUUAACAAAUGGAAAAACAACAAGCCUCAAGGCCGUUUCGUGGGCAUCGGCGGGUAUUGCAGCAGGCGCGCUAGCUUUCAGUGGUGUCUCUGCGCUGAGUGCGGUUGGCGCCCAUCCAGGUGCCUCAUCUUCCAGCCCGGGAUUCGGAGACGUGAUGGGUUGGUUCAAUUGCAUGGCCACCAACGGCAUGCUGAGUGUCAGUUAUCCCACCGUCUACACGAGCUUUACCAAGAACUUUGCCUGGAGUACUGGCCUUGUCUCGUGGGAUGGUUUGCAGAAUUCGAUUGACAGCUUCCGAAAAGCUACAGGCGGCAACCUCACCGACAACAGCUUGUCUUACCUGGGGAGCAUCGACGGAACCUCGAACACCUCAACAACGAAGCGCAGCCUGGACAUGAUGCGCCGCUCGGUGAAGCUGGUAGCUCGAUCAGACUCCAACAGCACCACCUCCGACGACAUGGACAAGAUCAAAGCCCUUGCCGAGGAUCUGAUGAUCCCUUCCGCGAACGUUUUCAUGACGGUGCUUUUGAUCUUUGCAAUUGUGAUUGGUGUUGUUAUUGUUGGAAUUCUGCUCUUCAAGGUCAUCUUGGAGCUGUGGGCCCUUUACGGCAAUUUUCCCCAGAAGCUCACCAAUUUCCGAAAGGACUAUUGGGGAAUCAUGGCCCGGACCAUCACCAACAUGAUUCUUAUUCUAUACAGUAUUUGGGUUAUGUAUUGUGUCUACCAGCUCAAGAAUGGUGACUCAUGGGCAGCCAAAUUGCUGGCUGCUGUGACUUUGGUCGUUUUCACCGGUAUUUUGGCCUUUUUUGCCGUUCGCAUUUUCGUGAUGGCCCGCAAGUACAAGCAGACGGAAGGAGAUACCUCGGGUCUCUAUGACGACAGAGACACUUGGCGUAAGUACAGUCUCUUCUACGACAACCUCAAGAAAGACUGCUGGUGGCUCUUUGUGCCGGUCAUUGUCUACGCUUUGGUUAAGGGUUGCAUUAUUGCCGGUGCACAGGGCCAUGGAAUGUUCCAAAGUGUCGGUCAAUUGGUUUGUGAGGUCCUGUUGUUGGGCCUUGUGGUAUGGAACCGUCCCUACGCCCGGAAAUCAACCAUGGGAAUCAACAUUACCAUCCAAAUUGUACGUGUCUUGUCAGUUGCUUGCGUGUUGGUCUUCGUCGAUGAGCUGGGACUCUCUCAGACCACCAAGACUGUGACUGGAAUCGUUCUUAUCGUUAUCCAGUCACUGCUGACUGGCCUUCUCGCCAUUCUUAUUGUCGUCAAUGCGAUCAUCGGUAUGUUCCGUGAGAACAUCCACGAGAAGCGGAGAAAGGAGGCCGAGAAGGCCAACCGUGACCUCGAUGACCUGACCCCCUUGGAUGCCCGCGACUCGCUUCUGAUUGAUCACCCCCCACGAAAAGACUACUCCGAAGUCAGCAAGUUCAACUUCAACCGUCCGUAUGAGUCUUACCGUGACUACCCGUCACGACCUGACUCCGCUGGCAGCAAGGAGCGAUUGGUGUAUGCCGAUUACGGUGUUGCACACAACCGUAGUUCCAGCCAAGAAUCCCGACAUGGUCGCCGAAGCCCAUCUCUUGAGGGCCGUCAUCCGACCACUGCCGGUUAUGGCAUGGCAUUGUAG